GGGGCUGCGCGGCCCCAGCUGCCCGCCCGUCCGCCCUUCCGCGGGGCGCAGGAGAUCCUGUUCCAGAGGGGUGUGGAGGCAGCUACUGCUUGUCUUAGAAUAGGCAAACUAGGUACCAGGGACAUUUCUCUGUUCAGGUUAGUCCAAGAUGGCAGACCAGAGGCAACGCUCGCUGUCUACCUCUGGAGAGUCACUAUACCAUGUGCUGGGGCUGGACAAGAAUGCUACUUCUGAUGAUAUUAAAAAGUCAUACAGGAAACUCGCACUGAAAUACCAUCCUGAUAAAAACCCUGAUAAUCCAGAGGCAGCAGAAAAAUUUAAAGAGAUCAAUAAUGCACAUGCAAUAUUGACCGAUGCGACAAAGAGGAACAUUUAUGAUAAAUAUGGCUCCCUGGGUCUGUAUGUAGCAGAGCAGUUUGGAGAAGAAAAUGUGAACACGUACUUCGUGCUGUCUAGCUGGUGGGCAAAGGCCUUGUUUGUGUUCUGUGGGCUCAUCACAGGCUGCUACUGCUGCUGCUGUCUGUGUUGCUGCUGUAAUUGCUGCUGUGGGAAGUGUAAACCUAAACCUCCUGAAGGCGAGGAGCAGGAAUACUACGUCUCUCCAGAGGACUUGGAGGCACAGUUGCAGUCAGAUGAAAGGGAGGCCUCAGACGCACCUAUUGUGAUACAGCCAGCAUCAGCCACAGAGACAACCCAGCUCACAGCUGACUCUCACCCUAGCUACCACACUGAUGGAUUUAAUUAAGUUAAGGAAACACUGUAAUUAGAACGGAUUAAAAAGAAAAAAAAAAAAAAAUACAUGGCCAACUCAACACUAGAAUCAUGAACAUUAGAAGUAGAGAAUGGGGAGGGGGAAAAAUUCUGCCACAGUUAGAAGGCAGCUUUCCAACCUGCUGAAAGUAUUUUGUAAUCCCUUCAGCCUUUUGUCACCUUUCAGUGUCGUAUCUCCAUGAUACCUGAAGUGCUGUAGCAUGCAGUAUGUAAAGCAGUUUAGCUACGGUCUGACGUUUCCUUUCUCUUCCCUUGUUUUUUUUUUUGGUUGUUUUUUUUCUUUUUUUUCUUUUUUUUUUUUUAAUAGCAUGUAUGGAGUUCUGUUAAAUGUCUGUGGUGUAAUGUAUUGAGUUGUCACAGUACGUGUGAUGGAGACAUUCUGCAUUUUAAGCAGUGGUACUGGCCUAAAAUGAGACUUCAAGUUUCACAGGAGCCACCAUACUUUCAUACAGCCAAGCUGUCAAAGACCCUGAAAAGAAAGUCCAUGAUUUGUAUUUGGGUGCAACAAGCCAAUUAUCCUAUUCCUUCUUCUAUUUCUGCAUUGCUAACGAAGCAAGUUUACAAAGCCAAGAACCAAAAAAUGCCAGUCCUGCAAAGCUAGAAUUCUCUUUUAAUGCUGGUUUACAGCUUCAAUGAAUGCACCUUGAGAAACAAGGAGGGAGAGUUUCUUGGAACCAUUAAACUGAUCAGCAGCUCUUUCUGCACGAGGGUUAUCUGCAGUGAUGGUGUGACCACAAAGCGUGGUUUGUCACAAAGGCAGCUGUGAAUGGGUUUAGUGGUGGUGACAGUGGGACUUCAAGCACAAUGCUGUUCUGGUUUGAGUUCAGUCCUUUUCCUGAAAUGCUACACACCAAAUAGUGCAGCUUCUUUGACUGCGUGAGAAUGUUAAAGUGGAACUGGUUAAUUGGUUUUCACUAGCAGGUGAAUAGAACACAGGCAGUAGGUGACAGCAUAAACGUUAAUAAUUGCUGUGGUUUUAAUUUUUGUCUAACAAUCUGAGAUACUGAUAGACAGGUGGGGUGUCCUGUGGUGUUCUUUAAGGUUGUUGUAGUAUGUUAGCCCUUUAAUUUUCUCAUGAGCAUCUCUGUGGAGUACUGAAAUGGCUUUUUAAGAACAAAACACUUUUUAUGUUGCUAUUGUAUGAUUUGCACAUUGUCUUACCUUUAGACUUGUUUACACCAGUGUUCUUCUUUCCCUCAGAACAACGGUGGGGAAACGAUUGAAAAGUUUCCUGAGCUAUUUUGAAGCCAAAUCGUGUUUGAAUACUGCUUUUGAAACAGCUGUUCAUUGGGAUUUAACUGUUAAAUAGGCAUUUUAGCUGCUGAAUUGCUGGCAUAUUUUGUUAUUAAUAACCUUGGUUUGAAUGAUACGGGGUCGGGAUCUGGAACAGCAACUCGUAAGCUUACACAUGGCAUGAUUAGCAGUUAAUUGCCUUCUCCUUACCUUGAUCUAUCACGUCUAUCUGUUUUCUAUCACAAUGCCUCUCCUGUCCUUUGUACCUCCAUCUCCCCUCCCCUGUUGGUCACCUGUCUCUGUGGAGAGGCUUUUCACAGCCUUCCAUCCCAGGUUUCAUUUGAGGUCUUUCAUGCUGCUCUUUUACAAGAUACAGGUGUUACUUGGGAAGGGGGGCAAAGAGCUCUGACAGUCUGUAGGAAACAGCCAGGAAACAAGGGGGGGAUCUGCUGCCAGAGAACCAUCCUGAACAGAUUUUCAUUCCAUCUCUGCAUGAGCUGCACAUGGCAGGGCACAGCAAGUGUGACAUGAAGGCACACGAGCACUGUGAGGUGUGUGCUUGGGUACCAGCACGUUUAUUGCCUGCCUGUCAGCCUGCUGCAGAUAAGGGAUGCUUUUGGUGCCACGUCAGGUUCCAAAGAUUCCAAACACUCCUAAUUUACUGACUAGAUUGAAGCAGCACACUUGUUAGUGAUUCCUUCCUUGCUGGUAGUCCUUCUGUCCUGAAAUGCUGAGGAUUACUGGAAGAUGCUUCUAACUCAGAAUCUCUCUCUGGGUGGCCUUGAGGACAGCAGUGCAUUAUUUGGCUCGAGGUCAUUAUUUAAUUAAAGCUUUUGUUUGACCCCUUAAAAAGGAAAGCAGUUUUAAAGCUUGAAUAGCAUCACAUUGGCUGUCCUUGUAGGCUUUGCCUGGUGCCACAUCUCAAUAUUGAGCUGCACAGCCAUCUGCAGGCUUCCUCCCUCAGAGCUGACUGGCUAAAAUUGCCCUUAGAGGCUGCAUGGGUCACUUCACGUUGUUGGUAACGGAGCUGGCAGUGCUUUGAGGCCGUGUAAAUGAGCAUGUUGGUGAGGUUGGGUGGGUAGAACGAGCAGGAGGAAGUUAACCCUGUGUGCUGUGUAAUGCUCCCUGUGUCCAUCCAGGUGUGCAGCACAGACCAGCUGUGUGGGACUGCUGACAGCAGAGCUGCCAUGUGGAGGCUGAGGUGACACCUUUGUCCGUGUUUUGCACUGCUUGAAAAAGGUGAUACCCAGGAUAAGGGGCUGUUGGAGUUCUGUAAGAGCUGCUGCCUUCCUUUCAGCUGUUCUGUGGGUGGUGUGUGAACGGCAAGGGAGGCCUGUCCUGUUAGUGCCAGCAUGAUGUGCUGGGCGCUCCAAGGGGAGCUGCGCAGGGGAAUGAGGAGAAAACACAUUUGUAGGUGAUUCUUUUGAAAUGGUUUGUUUGCCCACGUUACCCUCUGAGUUUAAAGUUAUUAAUGCGCUUCUUCCUGAACUGUAUAAGGGAUGGGUGAAUGCCUGCUUGGUUGUGUUGCUGUAGAUAAGAUAUAAGAGCAUCCCGGGCUCUAACGUGAGUUGCACUUCAAAAUGGCCAAAAGUUAAUCCCAGUGAAGACAAAGUUGUGCUGGAAAUAAUGGUGAACAAAUGUGGUGUGGCUCGGGGUGUGGGCUGGUGGAGCUGCCAGAUGCAAAGCAGCAGAGCCUGGCGGGCACCAAGCCCUGCUCACUGCUCGGACACAGGAUGGUUCCUUCCAAAGCUCCACCUGAGCGCUGCCACUCUCUGCUCAGCCUGUUGCCAGAAUUAAAACUUGAGCUUCGAUUUCUGUUGUUGUUGUAGGUCGCAUUCCUGUUAGUUUGUCGUUUGUUUUGUUUUAUGAGUUGCCUGAGACCUCCGUGUCAGCAGCCCAACCUCCUCCCAGUGCACAGAACCACUUGGCAGCACUUUUCCUGGCACUGCCCUGCGGCUCCUCCUCGUGCAGGACGGCCCCCAGGAGCCCCUCUGCAAGGCUGCAGGGCCCAGGAGGAGAGGGAGCUGCUGCUCUGGCUGGGGAUGCCCAGCUGCACUCUCACUUGAAGCAAACAAAGGGCAUUAGAUGCCAAUUUCAUUGAGUUAGUGACGUGUGUAGGAUAUUCUGAAUUAUUUAUCUGUAUAUAAACUGAAGUGAACCUCAGUGGCGUCCGAUCCGGUGUAGAUUUCUGCUGAUACCACGCAGUGAUGUUUUCUAGCCACGUUCCCUUUUUAGUCUUACUUUUAAAUUUGUAAUAUUUUUAAACUGCUUUAGAUAUUAGUGCUCAUCGUGUUGGUAAUGUGUGAUGCUGGGCAGGGCUGGGCUGCACACAGCCUGCAGCCGUGUGGAGGAGGUGUGAGCAGCUGCCCUGCAGCAGUGCUGUGGGAUGGGUGGCUUCUCCCAGCCCUCUGUGUCGGAGCCCAUAAAUGCACAUGGGGGUGUCCACAGGUGGGAGCCUGGCAGAAAAUACAUUCCUGUCCCAUUCUUAAAGUCUUGUGGUGUAGAGGGACCUACGCGUGCUUCUUCAGGCUGUGUCUCAGAGCACUGGGCUCCAGGAGAGCUGCUCUGUUCUCACGUACUUGGUGCCCACGGUCUCUCCGGUGCCCUUUGGUGUCACUGACAUUUCGGGCUCCUUUAGGACGUGUCGGUGCUGUGGUUCUCCUCACUCACUGCAACUGGACGUGAUGUUGAACAGGAGGUUCAGGACUGGUGGCACUGGGCAGCCCCUGCCUCGUGUUCUUAAUUCCAGAUGCUGUCUCUGUGCAUUAAUCCUAGAAUCUGAGCGCUGGUACGUAACCCCAGUACCACUGUGUGCAGUGUAAGGUUGGUGUAAGCUUAACUUGCUUCCUCGUUUGGUGCUGCUUCUCUGUAUUAUAGUGGAAAUCAUCUAGUAGUGUUCUGCUACACCAACAGCUGCUUAUAAUGCCCUGGAAGAAGUGUAACUCUUAGCUGACACAGCGGCAGGAGUUGUCAGUGCCCAAGUCCUGCAGGACCUGUUCUGCUCCAUGCGCUGUGCUCAGAGCUUCAGUGCUGGGACCGAAAUGCUCCUUGCAUUCCAGAAGGAUGUGUUCUGUGCCAGAGGGAACUGCUGGGGAAGCUGUCUGUCUUUUAUGUUUGCACAAGCCAAAUGCCAUACAUCUGGAAGACAAACUUGUGUUUGAAAAUAAGAUGCCAACGUUAACGUGAGCAGUGGAUUUCCUUGUUUCAAGGAUAGACGCUGGCGACUUCUGGUGGUUUUAUGUAUAUGUGCAUGUGUAGAGGAAGCUCUUCUAUAACAUGGCCAUUCUUCUUUGAGUGCUGUUGUCUUCUCUGCUCUCUUUCCCCCCCCACCAGCAAUGUGGGUGUGUUCUCGUGGUCUGUAGCAGUUGCUUACCAUGCUGUACAGCGAUGGCUUCCAAACGGGGCGACAUCUGAGCUCUGCCAACGUCCCUCAGCCCCGGCCUGCUUGACAGGAGCUGGGCUUCACCGUUCUGGCUUUGCUGUAGGGAAGGAGCUGAAACCCAGGGGCGACACUGGAAGAGCUUUGGCUCGUGCUGCUGGUGUGUGGGGUGUUUGAAAAGCGGUUGAGAGAUCCAUCUCUGGAGGUAACUGCACCGGGUUCUUUCCUCUUCCAGUUGUCAGCGCGUCGUACUCACCAAGUGCGAGUCGGCUCACAAAGCUGUGCUGUAGGUUUUGGAUUGCAGCAUCGUGUGUGUAUGUAUGUAUAUAUGCACAUAUGUACAUGUUUAUACACCAGGUGUGCACCCAGGCCUUGCUGCUGUUUUUCUGUGAUGGUAAAACACUGAAUUUGGCCCCAAGUCCUUCUCACAGGCAGACAGGUUCUGUGCGUCCGGAGCUGUGCUUCCACCUUUCAGCUGCAGGGAAAACCAGAUGGGAUCUGUGACUGAUGGGGGAAGUGAUGGAAGGCUCCUGUUGUAUAAAUAAACAGGUGGUACAAAUGGGAGAGCUGCCUGCUUGGAGAGGGAAAAGCAGCCUUCCCUCUUUGUUGGGGUGCAUGGAGACGUGAGCGUUGGCGCAGCGUGGUCUGUAGGCUCAGUCUGUAGUGCUCACAGGUGGGAUCUGUAGGACUUGGAGCUGUUGCACAGCAUAAAACUGAAGCUAGGUGGUGAUCUGUGCAGAGGCACAGCUGGGUGC